AUGGCCAUGGCUGCUGGUGACGAUAAUCCAUUGAUCUCUAUUCAUCCCAAUGACCUCAAGUUUACUUGUAAGUUUCACAUUUUAUUUGUGAAGACUAUAGUGAUUGGGAUGUUUAUUUAUUGCAUUCUUUUAGAAUUCUUGACUUCAUUGUGGUCCCUUGAUCUGGAAUUGGCAGUCAUUGCUGGUGUUUUUAGGAUGCUAGCACAGAGCAAUUCAUCAUCCCUUCCAACCAGAACUUGUGUAAAUAAUGGGCUUUCUUUUUUUCUAAACAAGAAAUUGACAAUUUUUGUUAAACAAGUAUUAAGUUUGGUUGACUUUAGGGCCUUGCUAUUCAUGUUUUCAGUUGAGCUCGAAAAGGAAAUUUUUUGUGAUCUUGAAGUGGUGAACAACACGGAGCACCAUGUGGCGUUUAAGGUUAAAACAACUGCCCCUAAGAGGUACUUUGUGCGACCAAUCAUUGGUGUUGUGCGGCCAUGGAAUUCCUGUGUCAUCAGAGUCACUCUCCAAGCCCAACGGGAAUAUCCUCCAGAUAUGAAAUGCAAAGACAAAUUUAUGAUACAGAGUACUAUAGUGUCUUCAAGUACUAACAUGGAUAACCUACCAGCAAAUACUUUCCACAAGGAAAGGGCUAAGGAGAUAGAGGAGUGCAAGCUUAAUGUUUUCUUUAUCUCUCCUUCCACUAUAGGGAAUUCAGAAGAUGAAGGAUUAAAGAGCUCCACAGAACAAAGCCCUGAUUCAAACUCUGCUGUGCACUCCCUGAAGGAUGAAAGAGAUGCAGCAGUUCAGCAAACAAUGUGGCUCCAACAAGAACUGGUAUUCAUGAAUCAGGCUGUGCAACCUCUGAAGGAUGAAAGAGAUGCAGCAGUUCGGAAAACACUGCAGCUGCAACAGGAACUGGAUUGUCUGAAGAGGCGAAGAAGAUAUCGGAGGAAUGGAUGCGGCUGUUUCUUCACAUUCUUAUUAAGUGAAAACGUAGACUGAGAGGGAUGAUGGUUCUGGAAAAUAAGUAGGGUCAGUGAAAGAAGCCUGACCGAGUCUGAGUACGUAGCUAUAAUAACUAGACUAGGUCAAGACUAGGUCAAGUUGUCAUUUCUUCACUCUUCAUGAAGAAAAGAAGAUGUUUUUAGUGCAUGCUGCUUCUUACCUAUUACUGUUAACUCCUUUAACAGGUACCCAAUGCUUUUAUCAUUAAUCUCGUAUUAUCUUUUCGAAAAUUCCUAUGGUUGGAGAUAUGGUGGGGUAACAGGGCACGAACCCCAUGUGCACGUCACUUUCAUACUCAAUUUCGAUUUGUCUUUGAGUUUUAGGGCCACCAUGGAACCACAAACUAUCAGACAUCCAUUAAGACUCUCUCCCAUUAGACUUUUGCACCAUUGAAAAACAAGCCCAUUCUCCUGUAGUACUCUUAACCAAUUUCUCCCACAAUCCAAGAUCCCAAAGGCAAUUCUAUUCCCCUUACCAAAACUUAAUUACUCCAUCUUCUACUCCAUACAAGUCUAACUUAACUGCUAGAACCUAACCUUUUCUUCCUCCCAAUAGUCAUCGGCAUCACCCACUCACCACCACCAAUGGCACCUAUUUGUCUUUUCUAUCUACCCCUCAACCAACCCAUACUCAUCUAACUUUUUGCAAAGAGUGAAGAUAAAUGGGCUUUAAAUGCAUAUACAGGAAAGUACAUUUAUGUA